AUGAAGCUCAAUUUGGCGGCUGGAGGUCGCGCAUUCAUCCUGCUCGGGGUGUUACUUGCGUGCACGUCAAUGAAACCUGUUUACGCCGAGGACGCAUGCACCGUGUGCAUUUGCCAGAACUCGUUCGUCAGCAACUGCUCGAGCACCAUCACCACCGUUCCAACCAACAUCCCCUCAAACACUGUCGCCCUUGAUUUGUCUGGAACUUCAAUCGCGGACAUUGCACCGAACGCGUUUGCCGGCCUGACCAUUCUUCAAAGCCUUGACCUGAGCUUUACGCUGCUCAAAAGCAUUCCGGACAACGCAUUCGCAGGGCUCCCGUCGCUCCAGUUCUUGUACUUGGACUAUUGCCCCAUUGCAACCGUCACCGUCAAUUCCUUUGCAGGCCUGACGUCCUUGCAGCACAUCCGCCUCGUGAAUACCUCGAUUGCAAGCCUUCCCGACAACGCGUUCACCAGCUUGACCUCCCUGAACACAAUCGAUCUGAGUUUGACCUUGCUGACAGCCAUUCCAAGCAACGCUGUCAAUGGCUUGACUUCCCUGCAGUCUCUCUACUUGGGAUUCACUUUGAUUUCAAGCAUUCCCGACAACGCGCUCGCCGGCAUUUCUAGCCUGCAGUAUCUCGAUCUGAACAGCUGCCCGAUCAAUGCCAUCACUGACAGCGCAUUUACCGGCGCGUCCCAGCUAGUGUCUCUAGACGUCUCGUAUACUGAACUGACCGCAAUCCCCACGACCGCCUUUGCCGCUCUGACGAGUCUUCAGUACUUGUACAUGUCCAAUGCCAAGGUGGCUUCGCUUCCCGAUCUCAGUUUCAAUGGUCUGACAACAUUGCUUUACUUGGACCUGGACUCGUGCCCCAUUACAACCAUUUCGAGCAACGCAUUCGGUGGCCUCAGCUCCUUGCAGUCAUUGCAUUUGUCAUCGAUUCUCGUCACGGGUAUCCCGACUGCUUCACUUGCGCUCGUUCGCACUUUGGAGUUUUUGACUUUGAGGUCUCCGCAAAUCACAGAUCUUCCGGACAAUGCGUUUGAUGGGCUCUCGAGUUUGACGUAUCUGGACUUGGACGGCUCCCCGAUCACAAACGUUGCCAACAACGCGUUCGCCUCCUUGACUCAGCUUCAAUCCUUGCACUUGAGCUCGACUCAGCUCACUGCCGUUCCAAGCGGUUCAUUUACCGUCCUUGCCGCUCUGCAGGCGCUCUUCUUUGACAACACUCCAAUCACCUCGAUUUCGGACAAUGCUUUCAACAGCCUGGUGAAUCUCCUGAGCCUGAGCUUUUACAACUCGUCAGUGAAUUCCGUUUCGGACGCUGCCUUCGCUGGACUGACGCUGCUGGAAUACCUCGAUCUUGGAUCAACUCAGAUCAAUGCAGUUCCUGUUACCCAAAUCUCUGGUCUCACCAGCCUUGAAACUUUGUAUCUGGAUAACACGCUCAUCAACACUGUUCCAGACAAUGCGUUCAGCGCGCUCGUUGAUCUUGAGAAUCUGUACUUGGACUACCUGGCGAUUACAAGCGUUUCCGACACUACGUUUGGCGGCCUGAUUGAGCUUGAGCUUUUGAGCUUGUACAACACGUCGCUGUCGGCAAUUUCGUCAAACGCCUUUGCUGGCCUGAAAGAACUGACCUAUUUGGACUUGGGCUACACGCAGAUCACCACCGUGACCGCGAGUUGGUUCACUGGCCUUGUUGAUCUUGAAACGCUGUACCUGGACUCGACUCCAAUCGCAACGCUCGACGCGAACGUCUUUAAUGGUUUGCAAAGCCUGAGCUCCCUGUACUUGAGCUCGACCAAGCUGACUACGCUGCCUCCCGGUCUGUUCGUUGGCUUGAACAACUUGACCUUUGUGAGCCUUGUGCCGAACGAGUUUGUUGGCGCCGCGGCACCUCCGAGCACCUUUGGCACGGCCGAGGACCCGUUGCCUUGCGACCCCGCAUGUGCUACCUGCUACGAUGCUGGAUCUACCUCUUGCUGUGAUGCAAACUGCCUGUACUGCGACACGAACAAUCUGUGCCUGACUAGCCCGCCGUCGGUCGUUCCUGGGGCGUCCUCGGGUGCCGUUGUCGCACCUUCUGGUUCGAUUGUCGCACCUUCUGGCGCCAAUAUCGCCGGAAACAGUGCUCCUGGUCUGAAUGCCGCUGCACUUCCCAGUCUGGCCGCCCUUGGAGCCGUUGCGGCAAUGUUUGCGUUGCUCGUGUAG